GAGGCUGUGGAGUUGUGUUCUUGGUCACCUGUUUCACUGACUGUAGACUGUGGAGCAGUGUGCUUGGUCACCUGUUUCACCGACUGUAGACUGUGGAGUAGUGUGCUUGGUCACCUGUUUCACCGACUGUAGACUGUGGAGUAGUGACUACACGUCAGGUACUGAGAUGUUCUCAAACGUUCUCGUGGACAGUAUAAUCUCGGAAAUCCCAGACCUGACGGGAAAUGUUGUUCAUAUGGGAGGCAGGCAACUUCGCGUGAUUAAAGGACAAACCAUUCCUCCCCAUACCAACUAUGCAAAUAAGUAAUUCAAAGAACCAACAACUCCCCCCCCCCCAAAAAAAACAAGCUCAAUCAAUCCCCCAGAAGAUUUACAUUGACAGAAUUCUCACUUUAGUCAUUAACUUAGCGACUUAUUUGCCAUUGAGUGAAAACCUGAGCAGCAAAACAUGCUUCAAACGGACUCGGAGUUCACUAAAACACGAUGGAUCUGUACCAUCAUUGGACUGGGCUUUUACCUGGUGGACAUUGUGACAGACGUUGGACUAGCAGUGAAUUACUUCCUGGUCGGAGACCUGGUCUGGGCUGGACUGACUCUGCUCUCCGUGGCGGUCGCAUCGGCAGCCACACAGGUCUUCAGCUACACCUGGUACAGAGAUGACAUGAGAAAACCCCUUGCUAACCCAGGUGGAGAUGGGCUGAUAUGUGAGAUGAAUAGAGGAGGACUGAUUGGACUCCAUGUCAUGCAGACGGGCAUCUUCACCAGGUACUACGACCUGUUGAAGGUGGGAUACGGGGCUGUGUUUUCCAAGCCUCUUGGGCCUGUUGAAUGCCCCAGAGAUGUGCACCUGGCCCUGUUUGGCCGAGCGACUGAUCUGAGCAUGCUCAAACUGUUUGAGACGUUCCUUGAGAGCGUUCCACAGCUAGUCCUCCAACUCUACAUUAUGCUGGGCCACGGACACAGGUCCAUACUACAAUGCAUCUGCAUGGUGGGCUCAUUCAUCAACAUCGCCUGGGCUAUAGUGGACUACCGCCGGUGUCUCCGUCGAUCCUUACCCCAGGUCCGAGAGAUGCCUUCUGGCCUCCCUACCUUCGUUUACCUCCUGUACAAGCUGUUGACCAUCACCGCUCACAUCCUCAGCCUCAGCCUCUUCCUCGUCCUCAGCCCCUACAGUACCCUGGGAAUGGCUGUCGUCUGGCUGGCCGGAACCCUCUGGGCCCAUUGGGUCCCUACUGACUUCUGCACGUCUAAAGGUCUAGAGAGGCUCUAUCGGAUCAUCGUGGGAGUCGUCCUCAUAUUCACCUUCUUUAACGUGAAAGGACAGGAUACAAGUUGGCCGAUGGCUGUGUACUACGUUCUCUUUGCGUUAGUGAACCUCUCUGGUCCUUUGCUGCUGGUUCUGGUGAGGCCAGAGGUUAACGCCACUGAGUACUUUUGGCCGGUGACUCUGCUGAUAUUUGGAGGGACCGUUCUAGGGCUGGUCUGUCUGCUCCUGUAUUAUGCUGUCUGCCACCCCAGAGGGAGGAGUCUACAGGCAGAUGAGGUGGAUGGACACAUGGGACAGGAGAGAGAAACAGAGACGCCAGACAACAUGGUGAGAGUUAGGAACUUCCUACAGCUCUGAGCCUCGUUUCCUGCACCACUCUGAACGACCUGAACGACCUGAAAGACCUGAAAGACCUGAACGACCUGAACAACCUGAACAACCUGAACAACCUGAACGACCUGAUAGACCUGAACGA